AAAGAUUAAUACAUUAAUUACGUUAUUCUACUUAAUUCAUUUUUUUUAUCCAAAAUUUAUGUAGUAUAUUGAUUUUUAAUGAUAUUGGAUAUUGCGAAAUAGAAUAAUGUAAUGUUGUAACCGUAGUAACUGAAUUGUCAAUGAAAUAAUUAUAUUACAAGUUUCAAUUAAAAAUGCUAGCAGCAAAAGUUAACACCGAGACAGAGGAGCAAAAUAGAAUAAGAUUUCAGGUGGAACUAGAAUUUGUGCAAUGUCUUGCCAAUCCAAACUAUAUUCAUUUUUUAGCUCAAAGAGGGUAUCUUAAGGAGCAGAACUUUGUAAAUUACAUAAAAUACUUACAAUACUGGCGAGAACCAGAUUAUGCUAGAUAUCUUAAAUAUCCAAUGUGCUUGCACUUUUUAGAACUUUUACAACAUGAAGCAUUCAGGAGAGAAUGUGUUUCAGCUCAGGUGUGUAAAUUUAUGGAUGAUCAAGCUAUACUACUAUGGCAACACUACACAAGACGAAGAACACGUACAUUGCAACCUCCAGAUGUGCCAGCACCACCAACAGCUCCCAAUUCAAACCAACAUGGCCCUCCAAGACAGCCAUAGUAAUAGUAUGUACAUUUAAAGCUUAUAAAAGAUGUUUGACAGCUUAAUAAAGGGUUAUGAAGGGGAAAAGAAAAUCAGACAUUUUAUAUUAUGUUUCUUCCAUUAUAAAAAUAAUAAAUAAAUAUGUAAAUUUAAUAGUAAGUUACUUUGGCAUCUAUGUGAAUGUAGCACUGCUAAAGAUUUUGUUUAAUGUUUCCCUUAUUUUUAAUCACUAAUUGAAAUUCAAUUACAAUUUGAACAUAAAUUCUACGCUCAACGACCAACAUGGGUCAAUAAGUUAUUGAUCAUGGGGCAAACGGAGCAAUCCAACAAAGGCACCCCCUUCCACACUCUACGUGGGCUGUCGCCGCGUGUGGCACUAUAAGUCAGCAGAUUGGGAUGGGAUGCCUAAGACUUCAACUAAUUAAAAAAAUUUUCACAUUAGAUUAAUAAGACUGAACUAUUCAAAUCAAUUCAAUAAAACUCUUUAUUUUUA